AUGCGAGUAAAUAUAUCGUUAACCCUAGAUCUGGAGCUGUUCCUCCAAGGUCAACUCGUGAAGUUUGUGGAAUUUGAUGAAACCCUGUCUGGUGUUUUUCUAGUAACCAUGAUUGCUCAAAAGGAAGAACCUUCUGAAAUUCAGAUCAAAGACAAGUUUAUGAUUCAAAGUGUAUUAGCUGAUCUUGGAGUCACGGACAAAGAAGUUACUGAUGAGAUGUUUUACGAUGGAGGGUGGCGUCAAGUUGAGCAGACUAUAUUGAAAGCUACUUAUGAUUUCUCCUCCACAAGUUCUUGCAAAUGCCUCUAA